CACACACUUCUUCCUUCCAAGCGAGCGGACGGCGGUUGUAGAAGUAAAGGACAGAGCGGCACCAUGACGGAGAACAAAUACGACGUGAUUGUCAUCGGGGGAGGUAUUUCAGGGUUGUCUGCGGCCAAGCUGCUGGUAGAGUCAGGCCUGAACCCAGUGGUGUUGGAGGCCAGGGAUCGAGUGGGCGGAAGGACCUUUACUGUACGGAACAAGGAGACCAAGUAUGUGGACCUGGGCGGGGCCUACAUCGGCCCCACGCAGAACCGCAUCCUUCGGCUGGCCAAGGAGUUCGGGGUGGAGACGUACAAGGUGAACGAGAAGGAGCACCUGGUGCACUACGUGAAGGGAAAGUCCUAUCCAUUCAAGGGGCCUUUCCCACCUAUGUGGAACCCACUUGCCCUGAUGGAUUACAACAACCUUUGGAGGACGAUGGAUGAAAUGGGGAUGGAGAUCCCACAGGAAGCUCCUUGGAGGGCACCCCACGCAGAGGAGUGGGAUAAGAUGACCAUGAAGGACCUCUUUGACAAGCUGUGCUGGACACGAGCUGCCCGGGAGUUCGCCACCCUCUUCGUAAAUGUGAACGUGACCUCGGAACCGCACGAGGUGUCGGCUCUCUGGUUCCUGUGGUACGUCAAGCAGUGCGGUGGAACCAUGAGAAUCUUCUCCACCACCAACGGAGGACAAGAGCGGAAGUUUGUGGGCGGCUCGAGCCAGAUCAGCGAGCAAAUGGCAAACGCGCUCGGGGAGAGGGUAAAGCUGCAGAGGGCGGUCUACAGCAUCGACCAGAGCAGGAGCGGAGUGGUGGUGAAGACGCUCAAUGAUGAGACGUAUGAGGCCAAGUAUGUCAUUGUUGCCACGGCGCCAGGGCUGCACCUGAAGAUGCACUUUAACCCCCCGCUGCCGCCCAUGAGGAACCAGCUGAUCCACCGCGUGCCCACCGGCUCUGUAAUCAAGUGCAUGGUCUACUACAGGGAGAACUUCUGGAGGAAGAAGGGAUACUGUGGCACUAUGGUGAUUGAGGAAGAGGAGGCUCCCAUUGGUCUGACCCUUGAUGACACCAAACCUGAUGGGACUGUCCCAGCGAUCAUGGGAUUCAUUCUUGCCCGGAAGGCCCGGAGACUAGCGGGUCUGACAAAGGAAGAGAGGAAGAGGAAGAUCUGUGAGAUCUACUCGCGAGUCCUGGGCUCUGAAGAGGCUCUGCACCCUGUACACUAUGAGGAGAAGAACUGGUGUGAGGAGGAGUACUCUGGAGGUUGUUAUACAGCCUACUUCCCCCCGGGUAUCCUCACGCAGUAUGGCAAGGUGCUACGACAGCCAGUGGGCAAACUGUACUUUGCGGGCACUGAGACGGCCACGGAGUGGAGUGGGUACAUGGAGGGUGCGGUGCAGGCGGGCGAGAGGGCCGUGAGAGAGAUUCUCUGUAAGAUGGGUCGGAUCACCGAGAGUGAAAUCUGGCAGCCAGAGCCGGAGUCUCUGGAGGUCCCAGCAUUGCCUUUUGAGACCACGUUUUGGGAGAGGAACCUGCCGUCCGUUCCAGGAUUCCUGAAAUUCAUGGGCCUGUCCUCUGUCCUGACUGUGGCCACAGCAGCAGGCCUCUUUGCCUACAAGAAGGGCCUCCUGCCCCACAGCUAAACACCUCAUUUCUGCCAUAUAUCUGUCCAAGGCCUUGGCCGAGACUGUUCUGUCUCCUCCUUACAA